GAGGGACAUCUGGAUUCGCAUCUCGGUGAAGAGCCGCCUUGGCCGCUUUGCUCCCACUCCUCGUCGUGUCCGUUCUCGCGCGAAAAGGAGGGCCCAGCUGGGGAGCUAGUGCGGUAGGAUUGGACGUGGGACGUUGUACAUCCCUCCCCACAGCACCUGUGUAUAUUGAAUCCUGAAGUCAGUCGGAAAGAUGUCUCAGAAAAGGAGAAGUAAGAAGCGACCCGGAACACCGAGUGAACUCCACCGGACCCAGGGAGAAGACGUGGAUGUGGAAGAAGACCACUGUCCGACUCAAACCCAGACAGCAAGCCAGAUGCGGCCAAACCUGGAGAAACCAUCUACGGCCCAGGUGGAUCAGAAGGUGAAUGAACUGGUGCAAUACCUGCUUGUUAAGGAUCAGAAGAAAUUGCCCAUCAAACGGGCAGAUAUACUGAGAAAUGUUAUCAAAGACUACAAGGGGUUGUCUUCAGAGAUCGUGAAAAGAGCUGGUCAAGUUUUGGAACAAGUCUUUGGUCUCCAUUUGAAGGAAAUCGAUCCAAAGAACCACGUCUACAUAAUUGUCAAUACGCUGGAGCGAGUGGAGGGGGAUAAUAUGAGAGUGGAUGAUAAUACUGCCAAGAUGGGGCUUCUGAUGGUGAUCCUCAGCCUCAUCUUCAUGAAAGGCAGUGCCACCAAUGAAUCUGUCAUCUGGGAGACUUUGAGGAAGCUACGAGUCGACACUAGGGAGAGACACGAGAUCUUUGGGGAUGUGAAGAAGUUAGUUACGGAAGAGUUUGUCAGGCAGAAGUACUUGGAGUACAAUCGGAUCCCUCACACCGACCCUGUUGAAUUUGAAUUCCAGUGGGGAGCCAGAGCUACUAAAGAAACUACCAAAAUGCAAGUCCUGAAUUUUGUUGCCAAGAUCCAGAAGAAGGACCCCAAAUCGUGGGCGUCGCAAUAUAGCGAAGCCGCAAAGGGGGCUUCGGCAAGCAGAGCGCCGGUUAGGCAUUAGCCACGCUGCCGUCUGGGCCAGUUUGGGAAAAAGGGGUGGGUGUCCAUUGCUUCGUCCACUGGUGAUGCCCUGUGAACAGGAGCCCCUGGAGGGAUGCCCACCUGCAGGGAAGGUCCAACCCAUGGACUCAUCGUGAUGAGGUGAGCUGUAGAACUGAGGCUGAUGCAGUUCCAGAAACAUCGAGGCCUCUCUGAUUCGGAGCGAGCAAGAGGAAUGGGGCAGUUGCCCCCAACUUCCUCUAAAGGAACCGGCUCAGUUUCCGACCUCCGGUGGUUUGCCCAGGGCUCUUUGGGGCAUCUCGGGCCAACUAAAGUGCAACGCCGCAAGAUCAAGGAAGAUGAACCGUCUUUUCGGUGACUCUGAUAAGUCACAGAAUGGUCGAUUGUGCGUACGGAAUGGAGGUGGGGCCAUUUUAAAAUUGAAUUUUUGUCCACAGAA